AUGGAGCCUCACGAUGCUCAAUAUCCAUCAACAACGCAGCCCGAGACUCCCCACCCAACCUCGAUAUUUUCACAAUUGCGUCAGUUUAAUCCGCUCAGCUCCUUCUUCGCUUCAUCCACCAGCCCCACGACCCCGCUUUCCUUCCCUUCGACCGCAAUGGCUGGAGACUCCUUCUUUAUUGGCGAGCAGUUACCCACUCCAACGCCAACACGCCCCUCUACUCCACGACCAGGCCGAUUUCCCGUUGUCAAGAGCAUUAUCACUGGCCUUUCUUCUCGUAGUACCCGCCAACAACCUGUACGCAUUGCCGUCGUUCAGACCCAAGUCCAGCGCGAAGAGGAGAUGCAGAGCGAGACAACAUUGACACCGACCAUUGUUUCGGAGUGUACGGCGUUGCAUUUUGCCGACGAUCUUUCAAUCCAGCCCGGAUUCUACGAGUCUUCAGAUGAUACGCCACCACUCACUCCUGAAUCGAGCGAGUCAACUGGAUCGCUCUCGCCAUUGCUGUCGCAGGAUGGUUUGCAAUUGUUGGACGAGCUGGAGUAUUAUGAAGACAGCUACUCUGAAGACGAUUCUUUCACGCGUCCCUACUCUCAAGAAAUCAAGGAAGGCAAGCGGCCGGCCCCUCCCAUCGAUUGUGAUGACACUCUACUUGACGAUAUUUCAUCUGAGGCUGAAGAAGCGAAAGUUGUUGCACCAGAAGAUUCAGAGGAAUGGUAUGGCUUGGAGUACACUUUGGAAUUAAGCACUCGUCAGCGUCGUGCAUCCGAGACACCUGAAAUAUCGACAGGAGAGCAUUCAAAGUCUCGCGAGUCUUGGCUCGCUUUGCAUCAAGGAUUCGUUCAUCCGUAUUAUCAAGACCAACAGUUCUCUUUGUGGAAAGACUGGCAUCGUUACCUUGACCGUCAGGACGAAAGACGGCGCCAUCGUCGAAGUCGGGCAUUCAGAGCGCAUGCAAAGGAGCUCGCUUGGCUCUACGUGGACGAGAUGAAAACGCGAGACUACAUUUUCUGGCAGGCGGACGAGUAUGGGCAAAUCGACAAGGAGCUUUUGGAGCGUCUCGAGCUUAUUGAAGCCCAUCGAGCUGACUCAUACUAUCCGCCCCAAAAGCAUAAUCGAGCAUGGCAUCUAAAGCGCUCUCGCUCCGUCGCCACGUUGAAUGAGUUGUGUCCGCCUACCUUCCAGAUUUUUUCCGGUCCUGUAAGCUACGAAGUGUAG